GAUUUACCACCGCCAUUACCACCAGCAAUAGCCACUUAGAUCAAGUGGGUAAGCCAAAAAAAACCCUAAUUUGAAACCCUAACAAAGAAGAGAAAAACCAACGGAAGAAUCAAGAGAACCAUGGACAGAGACUGGGGCUCCAAACCCGGUUCUGGAGGCGCCGCCUCCGCCCAGACAGAAGCCAUGGACCGCCGUGAGCGCCUUCGUCGACUGGCCCUCGAAACCAUCGACCUCGCCAAAGAUCCCUAUUUCAUGCGCAACCACCUUGGCAGUUAUGAGUGUAAGCUUUGCUUGACGCUACACAACAAUGAAGGGAACUACUUGGCACACACUCAAGGGAAGCGGCACCAGACCAAUUUGGCUAAGAGAGCGGCGCGUGAGGCGAAGGAGGCUCCGGCUCAGCCUCAACCUCACAAGCGUAAAGUUUCCGUUCGUAAAACAGUCAAAAUUGGUAGGCCAGGGUAUCGUGUUACAAAGCAAUAUGAUCCAGAGACGAAGCAAAGGUCUCUUCUCUUCCAGAUUGAAUAUCCUGAAAUAGAGGACAAUACAAAGCCAAGGCACCGAGUUAUGUCGUCCUAUGAGCAGAGAGUGCAACCUUUUGAUAGGAGAUAUCAGUAUCUCCUGUUUGCUGCAGAUCCUUAUGAGAUCAUAGCUUUCAAGGUCCCUAGCACGGAGAUUGAUAAAUCCACUCCCAAGUUCUUCUCGCAUUGGGAUCCUGACUCAAAAAUGUUCACGUUGCAGGUAUAUUUCAAAACCAAGCCACUAGAGGCGAAUAAACCUCAACCUCCUCCUGCAGCCAAUGGUACUGCAGCACCAGGUGCUCCUCCAAGGCCUUUGCCCCCACCACCUCAUGCUCCACCGCCACCACCCCCUCCACCACAAGGGCUGCCAAACCCUCCUAGAGCCCCUCCACCACCUAUUGGAAAUGGACCUAGGCCUAUGCCUCCUGUUGGAACUCCAAUAGCGCCACUGCCACCUCCUGGGGGUAGUGGGACAAUGGCAAAUUUCACUCCUAGGCCUCCAACAAUCCACCCUCCACAAGGUUUUCCUGGUCAACAGAUGCAGGGACAGGGGAUGCACCCGCCCCCUCCACCUCCUAACAUGGGACAGUAGUCCACCUGGCUUUCAGUGUCUUGACAGGCUUAUCUCUAUCAAUAUGUAUGCAAAUUGCUAUAUUUUUGAAUCAUUUUCGGGUAUGUCAGAUCAAACAUGUAAUAGGAUUUAUUAUAACCUUAGCAAACGUACUUUUCAAGUUGUAUGUAUGAACCAGUUCGUGCUUCCUUGAUUUUACAUAUUAGUAACAAUAUCUUUUGCUCUAGAAAGCCUAUUACUAAGUAUUAAACUUGCAGAUGCGUUUUCUUCUUACUCUUUUAUAGUGGUCUUCAAUGUUUGAAACAGCUGUCUAGAUCUAUGUUUUUUUUAACACUUGUGAAAA